ACGCCUGCGUGUAAACACCAUUCAGGCUCACGAUGACCACAGACAAUGGUACUCCGUGGACACCGGUGUCCCUUCCCUACUUCGCCAACAGCGGCCCCGUGGACAAACUUCCCAGCGCAGAAGAUAUUCGUGGUUGCACAGAUGUUCUACACGAACGUUUCCGCGCGAAGAUCGUCGCAGUGAGCCAGCAGAUUGUCGCCAAAUUCGGCGGUGAUGUGCUUGAACGGGAGGGACAGGCACUGAUCUAUCUCGAGCGACACGUGCCCAAAGUGCCAGCCCCACGACUCUACGCCAUGUAUUACCACGAGAAGGAAUUGUUCCUGGUCAUGCAGCGCGCUCCAGGGGUACAAUUGGAGAAGCUCUGGCCGUCUUUGACAAGUUCGGAGAAGCAGUUCAUUGUCGCAGAACUUCACAAUGUAUUCCAUCAGCUUCGAGAGACAGUGUGCCCUGCACCGGCUUAUUUCGGAGGCUUGGCAGGCGAGGGAGUGAACCACCACCUUUUCUUCAAUCAAAAAGAUGAUGACCAAGACCUUUUGGGUCCAUUCCACGGCGAGGCAGCCUUUCUCGAAGGUCUUACGAGCAAUUUUCGUGCUUCGAGGGAGCGGAAUGGUCAUCCCGUGUUCAAAGUCCAAUUCUACGAGGAUCACCUUAGCAACGCGCUUCGAGGUCUGUCUCCAGUCCUUACCCACGGAGAUGUGCAGCGACGGAACAUCAUGGUCGCGGAGAGGAAACGAAGUACACCUGAAGAAAGCGAGAGACGUUUUGAUGUUUUCCUCGUGGACUGGGAGAUGGCGGCCUGGCUGCCAGAGUUCUGGGAAUACUACUCAGCUUCCAAAGAAUUCAAUCUGACGGGCAUUCAUGAUGACUGGUGCUGGUACGUUGGGAAGUUCUUGGACGUACGCCUUGCUGAAGCAGCUGCCUUGACUAUGUUCGAGAAAGAUUAUAGUUAAAUCUUUCGAUGUCUCCAUGGAUCAAUUGCACCACAGAUGUCGCCUACAACCGCAUUCCAUGGCUUCAUCAAACUCCGAAUCAAAACAGCCGCAGCGAAUGUGUUUGACCAAAAGAUCUCCCUCCAAAAUGCCAGACAUGUAACAUGCUCUCCUUGCAACCUCCUUUUACGACCAUGGACGCAGAAUACCAGCCCUUUGCAAAGCAGGAAUAGCAUGCUGAGCUGUCCAUUCGUUGCAUUUGAAGAUCGGCCUCCUUUGCUCUCCAGGUCCAUAAAGCUCGCCAUUUUCCUUGGUCCAUGUGAUCUCAUAUCUGUUGGUCACUGGAUCUUUCUCCCAGAAAUUGAUGCC